GGACGUUUAACCUGAACGUACGGCUGAUGAUAAUAGCUCACUGCUGCUUGUAACGAGUGUGAAGGGUCGUGUGCACAUGGCUCUUGUUUGAUUGAUGAAGAACAGGCGCAAUAAUACCGCAAACAUCCCCGCUAAAGGGCGCCUCUGUCCUGUUGCUUCAAUACGACUAAAUUACCUUAAACUGUAGAAUAGGAGCGCACCGCAAAGCAGACGCGACUUCACCGCAGCACAAAAGGAGAAGGGAGCUUGUAGCAAAAACGUAUGUCGAGGACGCCGGGAGUGGGACAGUAGCAGAAACAAGCAGAGGCAGGAGAGCAGCCUGCAGAGUAGCUGGCUGGAAGAUGAAGCGAGCUGGACCUCCCGACGGGGGGUACGGCUGGGUGGUGGUCAUGUCGGCCUUUUUCACCAUGGGCCUCACCGCUGCCGUCCUCAAGAACUUCGGCCUCUUCUUCCUGGACAUCCAGAGACACUUUGGAGUCCCGACCAGCACUACCUCAUGGGUCACCUCCACCACAAUUGCCAUGUUUCACCUCGGAGCUCCAGCGGCCAGUGUGCUGACUUUACUGUUUUCUCAGAGAGCGGUCAUCAUAGUCGGAGGCCUGCUGGCUGCUUCCGGGAUGUUGCUGGCAUCUCUGGACCUCAGUCUGCCCUGGCUCUACCUCACUAUGGGCGUCUUGCAAGGAAUUGGCAUUUCCUUCUCGUGGAUCCCCGCCAACAGCAUGGUUAGCCACUACUUUGUAAAGUGGCGUCCCAUCGCCUACGCCAUCGCCAGCACAGGCGAGUGCAUCUUCGCCGUCAUGUUCAGCCCCUUCUUCCAGUGGCUGAUUGAGAUGUACAGCUGGCAGGGCGCCUUCCUCAUCAUCGGAGGCCUUCAGCUCAACCUGUGUGUCUGCGGCGCACUCAUGAGACCCCUGGAGACAGACCACAGCCCGCUACACGACAGUCUAGAGGGCGACGCCGCUCCGCUCCCGCCAAAGAGGAGAGUUCUCUUCCAGUUCUCCCUGAUGAAAAAACCUGAGCUUUUCCUCUACAUCCUGUUCGCCGUCUUCGCAGCGGCAGGGUUUUUCAUCCCACCUCUCUUUCUAGUGCCCUUCGCCAGCAGUUUGGGGAUGGAUAAGUACUGGCCAGCCUUGAUCCUCUCCGUCCUGGCCUUGGCAGACCUGGGGGGGAGGCUGAUCUGUGGGUGGAUAGCCAACAUGAGGCUGUUCAGGAACCUGCAGCUGCUCACCAUGGUGGUCACUCUGCUCGGGGUGGCGCUCCUGCUGCUGCCCAUCAGUCACAACUACUGGGUCAUCCUGGCCUUUGCCUCGCUCUACGGCUUCCUGUUCGGCUGCGUGGUGGCCAUUCACGUCACCUCCAUCGUGGACAUUGUAACCCUGGAGGGAUUUGACAGCGGACUGGGGCUCUUCAUGCUUUUCAGGAGCAUCGGUGGCUUCAUCGGCCCACCUGCCGCAGGCUGGUUGGUGGACGAGACGAAUGACUACAGCGCUGCCUUCUACCUCUCAGGCCUGUGCCUCAUUUCAUCAGCAGUGUUUGUCGUCCUGGUCGACCGCCUCGUAGAGAGGAGAAAGUCUGUGGAGGCUGAAGGUCUUCAGGCAAUCAACCAGGAGCACUGGGAAGCAGGAAAAGUCAAGUGAGACUCUGUUACAUAAGAAUUUUUACCUCAAUGAACUUUAAGUGCCACAAGUGUUUGAUCACACGCCAACUGCUGGAUGGUUUGACCUGGUUUUACUGGUGAUUCAGGUUUAGGUCAAUAACUCUGUCGGUCCCAGCUGGGAGCCGGCAUCCUGUCCUCUGUUUAAGCGAGGCUUGCACACAAACCGAUAAGUCAAUUAACUUAUCACUAACCCUGGUCCUUGAAAGCAAAAUGAGCUAUCAUAAUUGUUUGUAACCCCUCCUUAUGUGUUUUAUUAUGACAAUCGAUCAACAUGUGAGGGUUAGGGGAAGUUUAACAUUAUUAGACUUUCAGUUUUUGACCUGGGACUGAGAGGGUGCAGACAGGUUUUGUUUUUUCCCCUCUGUCACAACUUUUUCAGUUUUUUAAAUACCUUUUUUUUAUGUUUUGUUUUAUGUUUUUAGUUGGCAACCAAUAGAAACCAGUUUUAACAAAGAAACACUGGUAUUUUUAACAUUAUGGACUAAAAACCUAAACGUACUACAAGGAGUUUUUAACUGGUUGUGAAACAGUCUCGGUUUAAGACUGAUGCCUCUAUAUGACCUACAUAAAUAAGAGCAUCAGUGAGAACACUGGCUAUUUCUACAUAGUUAUUCUUAAUGCCGCCACCAGGUCAGAUACGAUGAAACGAGGCUGUUGCAACACUUCCGCUUUUGUCCACAGAGGCCGCCACAAUCAACACAAAUUGUUGUCGCUGCUUAAAACAAAUGUUUUUUUUUUUUGUUGUUGUUGUUGUUUUUUACUGAGGAAAUGUCUGAAAUGGCUGCCCGUUUGUUUCUGGCUCUGUGAUGUGUUCUCUUUUGGGGGCCAAUAUUGGAGCUCUAUAGCACCAAAGAAUAAGAUGUAUCCAGUAAUACUCGUUAUGUAAUUGUUGGUUUUGGUCUUUUUAAAGGAUUUGACAAUAAGAAGCAUGUAGAAUAUCACCAGACAUGUCAUGUAUCUACGCAGCUUUGAAGGGGUCAUUGAGGCAUAUUAAUCUUCAUGUCAUGUUGACUCAGGUCAGGGAAGGAGGCUCCUAAAGCAAAAUAAGAAUAUGUCUGAAUGUAUUUUAGGAAAAAGCAUAGAUAUUAUUAAGCUGUAGGACUCCUGUAUGUAAUCAGAGCUGUAAACCAAAUGUGGGUCAGGCCACAGGAGGAGCCGUGCUCUUUAAGGCAACUAUCCAGCUGUAAAUAACUCAGGUGGAUUUCUGUGUUACUGGUAGUUGGCCUGGCUCUUUAAGGGCUAUUUUGUUGUCACAGUUCUGAUGUUGCUUUUAUGGUGUUCUUCCUCUACUAUAGAGACUAAAGAUGAAGUCUGAAAAGGAAACGAGGUGUAUUAACUUUAACUUAAAACGUGAAUUUUCUUAAUGAUCUUAGAAGAGAUGAGAUAGAAAGAUAACUUUUGUUGUCCCUGAUGUACUGUAAUACCAGUUCUCAUACGCACAAUUGACCUCUGCACCUUUUUUUGUUUUUGUUUUUUGUAGUUUUAAAUACAGUAUUAUGUUUUCAUGUUUUGUCUCAAUACGUGGAUUGUCUUUCACCUCACUUGUUCUUGUAGCCGUUAAAAAUGUUGAAAAACAUGUUGAGUAAUAAAUCCCAGCACUGAUGGUUUUA